AUUCGUUCCCACACUGCGAGAAGAGAAACCUCUCUCUCUCUCUCUCUCUCUCUCUCUCUCACACUGCGAUAGCCUUCCGUACAAUUGCCCUUCAUGGAUUCCCUCCACUCAAUCUCCCGCCAAGAGGACGACAACGAAAAUCAGCCGUCCCCACCGCCGCCGGCGGUGGACCCCUCCUUCGUCGCCGACCCCUCUCCUACCCCACCUCCUCCUGCGGUCCCCUCUUCGCCGCCGGCGGCCACCCAACCGGGCGCCACUUCCGAGCUUGAACCCCAGUCGGAGCCCGCGUCCGAUGACAUCUCCACCGACGAAGACGACGAAGAGCCCCGGGAAAACUUGCUGAAACGGCAAAAGACCUCCCAGAACGAAGACGACGAGCAGGAGCAGAAAUCCCCUGAAUCGGCGCCUUCCCCCCCGCAGGACCCACCUAACGGCUCGAGCCCCAAGGACGCUAACAACACGAGCCCGAUCCUGAAAGCUGCGAGUAGCAGGAAGAAGAAGAAGAGCAGCAAUAUCUGGGUCUCCAAGACGGUGAACCGGAAGGGGAAGAAGAAGGGGAAGAUCGGCAACGGCAGCGGGAAAGCUGCAAACGUGGCGCAUGAGGACACUGUGCCGAUCGUCCCUGCGCCGAGGUUGUUCCCUGACAAGAACGAUGAUAACCCGGACAUGAGGAUCUGCUUGUCGAGGUUCUACAAGGCGGAGAAGGUGGAGGUGAGCGAGGAUAGGAUGAGUGCUAUGAGCUCGAAGGGUUACAGGAUGGUUAGAGCUACCAGAGGCGUUCUCCAAGGGGCUUGGUAUUUCGAAAUAAAGGUAGUGAGAUUGGGUGAUACGGGCCACACGAGGUUCGGGUGGUCGACGGAGAAGGGUGACCUACAAGCACCUGUUGGAUAUGAUGCUAACAGUUACGGGUAUAGGGAUAUUGAUGGCAGCAAAAUACACAAGGCGAGGAGGGAGAAGUAUGGGGAAGAAGGUUAUAAGGAAGGGGACGUCAUUGGGUUCUACAUAAAUUUGCCUGAGGGAGAGCUUUAUGCUCCGAAACCCCCACGGCUGGUCUUGUACAAGGGACAGAGGUACAUCUCUGCCUCUGACAACAAGGAAGACCUGCCAAAAGUCAUACCCGGAAGUGAGCUUUCUUUCUUCAAAAAUGGGGUUUGCCAAGGGGCGGCCUUUACAGAUCUCCAUGGAGGUUGCUAUUAUCCCGCUGCCUCAAUGUAUACUGAGCCCAAUCAGCCUGAUUGUGAGGUCAAAUUCAAUUUUGGUCCUGAUUUUGAGUUCUUUCCUGGUGAUUUUGGUGGGCGUACCAUCCCCCUUCCCAUGUUUGAAGUUCCUUAUCAUGGAGUGGACGGCAAUGUUGAGAAUGGUGCGUCUCAGGAAAACUUGCCUAAGAAGAAGUCCGCAACAAGGAUGAUAGAAGCUUGAUUCCACUGAAAGAGUGAUUCACAGACAUGUCUGAAAACGGGGUCCAGAAAAGUGUACUACUUGGCCUGUCCAUAUGAUUACUAGCCGGAUCCCAGGAUAUAUCGGAUUUAAGGAAAUAGUUCAGCUGUAGAGUGAUGACUUUUGUUGUGAUUCACAAUAAUAUAAGCGUUGUAAAGGACUGAAUCAUUUCGACUCGGAAAUUGUACAUAGUUUUUGUGGAAUAGAUCAAAUCAUUUGAUCU